AUGUUCACAGCUGUGAAUCUGGCUACAGCGCAUGUGCAACUGGCACUGCCCUGGCACUGUCAGCACGGUCAUGGUCACGGCACGGAGCCUCAAGCAGACGUAUUCUGUCAACACUGCUAUUACCCACUUCCACGUUGUGCCGAAGACGGAAGACGACAUUCCCCCGACCUGCACUCUCGCAAACAAACCAGACUGCACCGGGUUCACUUACAUGGCAUCUGCAGCCAGAAGAACUGGACGGUCGAAGCAGCAAUCCAGGAUCUUGGCUCUGGUCUGAGCAACGUUUACGCUCGUCCUGAUGGCAUCGCGUCCGUGGUGGUUGGGCUAGCUCCUGGUACCAAAGAUCUCGUGAAUGUGACAUACUCUGCCGACUGUUGCUCCUCUCAAGUGGAUAUCAUCGGUGUGGAUACGCAAGGGAAUGUUGGGAAAUGCGUUAUCGACAUGGGGGCUCUGGGAGGUUACAUUCUGGACUUGGAGGCAGAUGAGGUGGGCGAGACGUGGGUGCUCCUGCGCUGGGAAAUCACCUCCUCUGACCUCAAUCUCCACAAGUACCGCCUCCUCAUCAACAACGAUUUCACGCAGGAAUUCUGUGCAGGGAGGUGA